CAAUAAUAAUCUAUAUAGAGUGGGAAAACACUUUGGCUUUUUACUCAUACCCCUAUCUCUCUCCCCCUCUCUUUCAGUUACCCAUAAUUCAGUUCCCUCUCUCUCUCUCUCUCUCUCUCUCUCACACACACAUACACACUAAUACUUUAUUUUCUUUAUCAGCAGCUGCAUUUUCAGGGAGAAGUUGAAUUUUUACAAACAAAAACAGAGAAAUGAAGAAAUUUGUAUUGAAUUUGGAGUUGCAGGAUGUAGAAGAUAAGCGAAGGGCCUUGAAGACAGUAACUGUUCUCUCUGGAAUUGAUGAAAUCGCAAUAGAUUUGAAGAGCAAGAAACUCAUGGUGGUCGGAACAGUCGACCCCGUCAGUGUCGUGAGCAAACUGCGGAAGAAGAACUGGCCAGCCAACAUAAUAUCAGUAGGGCCAGCAAAGGAACCCGAGAAAAAAGAGGAGCCAAAAAAAGAAGAAUCCAAGAAAGAGGAGCCGAAAAAGGAAGAAACUAAGGAAGAAUCGAAGAAAGAAGAGGGAAAAAAAGAAGAAACGAAGAAAGAGGAGGGUAAGAAGGAAGAGGAGAAGAAGCCCGACCCUGAACCGAUGGUAGGCAUGGUAAUGCCAUAUCGGCCUUAUUAUCCUUCCAUGCAAACAUAUUACCAUCCACAUCACAGCAUGGAUGAAAAUCCAAACGCAUGCAUCAUAUGCUAAGCCGGUUGGAAACUUAACCUAUUUUUUUUCCCAUUGGCUUUGGAAUUCAAUGGAAUCGACGCAAACCUGAGACCGUUCUAGACAGUCAAACUCUGCUUACAGACAAUGAUACUACGAUAAUAUUUUAAGAUUUUGUGAUAUAUAAAGCAGUCAAUAAACUAUUUGCCAUCAUUUUCAUGUACAAGUCACCUUGUGUAUGUAUGAGUGGUUGCAUUAAUAUAUGGUUGGAAGCUUUGCUGGAAAGUUGCAUUGUGCACGUAGUUUUCCUGAUGAAGACAAAAUCUGAGGGCAUGCUUAUGGUUUAUUGAUUGAUUAUGAAUAGGACAAAUUGCUUUUCAAGCCA